UGAGUGGUCCAUCCUCUUCUGGCUGUAUCAGCUGAGGGAGGUCCUGUGUCUAUACUCAGCAUUAUUCUUAAGCUUAUUUUGUCGCUGUAAUGCGCACCUCCUAUUGACCACCUUGUCAGCCACAUGCAUCUUAAAAUAUUGUCCAGAAUCUAGUAGUGUAUAGUCGAAUACGAGGAAGGAACCGGUGAAAGCGUUUUCUGCAGACACCUAACCUGACACACCCCUCGUUUAUGGCACUUUUUGUGUGCUUCUGGAUUUGGCUGAAGAAGAUGGCGGCCUCCUCAGGAGUUAAAGUUCCACGUAAUUUUCGCUUGUUGGAAGAGCUUGAAGAGGGUCAGAAAGGUGUUGGAGAUGGGACAGUCAGCUGGGGCCUUGAAGAUGAUGAAGAUAUGACGCUAACACGGUGGACAGGCAUGAUCAUCGGACCGGCACGAACUAAUUAUGAGAACAGGAUAUACAGUCUGAAAGUGGAAUGUGGUCCUAAAUAUCCUGAAUCACCUCCAAUUGUUAGAUUUGUAACAAAAGUUAGCAUGAAUGGCAUAAAUAAUUCCAAUGGGAUGGUGGAUACACGUAGCAUACCAAUUCUAUCUAAAUGGCAAACCUCUUAUAGCAUUAAAGUUGUUCUUCAAGAGUUAAGGCGUCUAAUGAUGUCCAAAGAGAAUAUGAAGCUUCCACAACCACCAGAAGGACAAACCUACUGUAAUUAACUGUUUGUGGAUUGUUUACUUUUGACCCCUAUUGUCUUAAACCGUAUUCUCCUUGAAAUGAUUGUGUAGGCCAUCACAAUCGUGAUGAUUCUCACUCCACUAUUUUAAGAAUUUAGACUGAGCAAGAUUGGACAUUCCUUUUAAUUAGCCUAUGGUCAUUCUAGAACGUCCCCACUGCGAGUGAAAUUACGUUUUUAAGACCACAAGUGUACACAGUUAUUUCUCUUCUAUUGAGGUUAGUGUGACCAUUCACUUUAUGAUUGUGAGAUGUAUCAAGUUGGCUUUACAAGAGAAGAAUGGCACCAAGUGUAUACCCAAGUCAAACAAUUUAUGUUUCGAAUGGCAGGUGACUAAAAUAAAUAAUUGAAAUGUCUCAGGUGGAUACACGUAGCAUACCAAUUCUAUCUAAAUGGCAAACCUCUUAUAGCAUUAAAGUUGUUCUUCAAGAGUUAAGGCGUCUAAUGAUGUCCAAAGAGAAUAUGAAGCUUCCACAACCACCAGAAGGACAAACCUACUGUAAUUAACUGUUUGUGGAUUGUUUACUUUUGACCCCUAUUGUCUUAAACCGUAUUCUCCUUGAAAUGAUUGUGUAGGCCAUCACAAUCGUGAUGAUUCUCACUCCACUAUUUUAAGAAUUUAGACUGAGCAAGAUUGGACAUUCCUUUUAAUUAGCCUAUGGUCAUUCUAGAACGUCCCCACUGCGAGUGAAAUUACGUUUUUAAGACCACAAGUGUACACAGUUAUUUCUCUUCUAUUGAGGUUAGUGUGACCAUUCACUUUAUGAUUGUGAGAUGUAUCAAGUUGGCUUUACAAGAGAAGAAUGGCACCAAGUGUAUACCCAAGUCAAACAAUUUAUGUUUCGAAUGGCAGGUGACUAAAAUAAAUAAUUGAAAUGUGUGUAUGAUGGCAUGCUUUAACAAAUAAAUAGUUGACCAAAAGCUACAUUUAAGUUGUAAUUUAGUAAAAUGUAGGAGGUAUGUUGACAUUUCAUGCAGAUGAAGAUUAAAAUAUGGCUUUAGGCCAGAAGUAGUGUGUCAAGUUUUGAAUGAUUUAAAAAAGUACAUCUGUAUUUGACAUGAUUCCAAUAAUGUUUCUGUUCUGCAGCUCUUUGAAUUGUAACGUAUGUUCAAGCCUGUUCUGUUCUGAAAAAAAUACCCCAUGUAUUUAACUUCUAGAGAAAAUUACAAGUUUAUGACAUUGCGAUUUCUCUGACAUUAAAAUCACUGUCUUGAGAAAUACUG